UUCAGAGUUUUAAACUAUAAACUCGACCAAGCAGCCAAUCUAGAGUCAACGGCGGAGAAAAAGAUCUCACAAGUCACCUAAAUCAAAUACCAAGUCGCUAGUGAAACACUUACUAUGGAGUCGGAGGGUAAGAAGAGAAUUCUUGAAGUGCUACAGUUGGACGAUGCAAAGGAUGAGACCUGUCGCACAUUUGUGAUGCAUGGCGAAGAUCACACCCUUGGCAACUCACUGAGAUACAUGGUAAUGAAAAAUCCCGUGGUGGAGUUCUGUGGAUAUAAUGUUCCUCAUCCUUCUGAAGACAAGAUUAACUUUCGCAUACAGACAAAGACCCAGCCAGCAGUGGACGUGCUACGCCAGGGCUUGCGAGACCUGUCCGGUGCAUGCGAACACAUCCUCGCAACAUUCGAGGAAGCUGUUGACAAGUGCAAGAAGAAGCAGAACGAGGAAGUAGAGAAGAUGGACAUGGAGGCCAGUCUGUGACGGAUAAAUCACAGAUAACUGACUAAUAAAUCAAACCACGUGUAUUAUCGCACGUGAUCACGAACCAGUGGUGCUUUGACCAAAAAAACAUCUAAUAGCGCGUGC